UGGAUAAAGGAGUGUAUUCAAUUCACUGUGCUGUGUGACUCAUUUUUGUUUGUGAUGUGUAUUUAAUGGUUCCACAAUGUUAUCGUUGUUCUGUAAAUAGUUAUUUUAUAAUAGUGGAGGAAGCAUUCUUGCCUGAUGGAUACGCCUCCGGUGCCGAAACCCAGGACCGGUGUUUUACCCCAAAGUGAUCCACUGAAACGGCCAGUUCCUCUCCCUCGGACUAAAGUGCCAGCCAACAAUGACAGGGUAACAGCGUCCGAUAUCUUGCGCUCCAUCAGCACUGCGUCUAAGCAGCUGACUGAAGAUGUGGCAGCAAAAGUGAGCAACUCAGCUAAGAGUGCUAACGAAAAGAUUGAAAGGUCUAUCAUAGAUGGAUCAAGAUUCGCAAAGGGCACUCUAGAAAAGACUAUCACUACGUCUAGAGCUGUGAGAGACUCCGUGACCAAGUCAGUUAUAGAAGGAACUAGAACUGCUGGACUGAAGUUGAGGAGGGUAAAAAAACCUGACUGCCCGGAGGACGGGGACCAGAGGUGUGUGUCUAUGCCAGUGGUUGAUGUCAGUUUGUUUGAUAACAUUCAGUUUCACUCACCACUUUUAGAACAGAAAAGGUAUCGUAAUGAAGGAGAGUGUUUACAAAGUAAUCAGGAUGUGCCUUCUCUCAACCUGAAUGCAUCACACUUGGAUGACCUAUCAUUAUUCUCAAGCAACUCUGAUUCUAAUGCAGACACAGUGAGUAAUUUUUCUCAUGAUAGUAGAGAGUCUGAACAGAAUAUUUCAAGUUUGACUUUAGAAAAUGAACAGUUGACCUAUGAUACUCCAAAGUCAUCUCGAGCAAACAGCAUAGUGAGUGUGAGGUCCACUCCGGACGUGCCAGAGAGGAGGAAGAAAAGGGAGAGCAAUUUAGAAUUUAUGAGGCAAAAUUCUCUUUAUGAAAAUUGGACACUUCCACAACAACCUAAAAUGGAAAGUGGUAGACGGCCUAGUAAAAGUACAAUUUUCGAAUUUGACCCACUCAAUGCGAGUACAGCAACUAACAGAUACGAGGGCAUGAGCAAUGAACUGCUGCUGCUGGAGUCAUUUUUAAUAGGAGACACUUAUGGCACCAUUGUUACAACAGACAGCGGUGAAGACUGCUUCGAGGAUUUUGGUGAGAGUGAUUACUUCAACCCACCAACACCACCUGAAAGAACUGACAGUCUUCUAACAGAAGAUGCAGAGAGCAAGCCACAGACAUUGCCUGUUGAUAAAGAUAGAAAUUCAAAUUGGUUUAUAACUGAGACUGAUGUUAAGCCUGUGACAGAAGAUGAAACAAAGUCAGGUAAUUCUGUGAUGCAGAGAUUUUCUCAUAUGCUCAAAUUAGAUAAUGUUUUGAACAAAUCUUUCAAGCAGAACACACAACCACAGAAGGUGGAGCAGGUGGAGCGUCCACCAGUGAACCGUCUGCCGGUGCCGUACUUCAGUGGCACGUUGACCCGCAUAGUGUCAGGAGUUGUGGAAGACUUGUUCAAGAAUUCACAGACCCGGUACUGUGUCCUAUCUGAUCAGAAGCUCAUGUGUUACUCGGACCCUACCAACUCAGUACUGAAGGAGGCAUAUACUUUGGACAGUAUCUACUCUUUGCAGAUUGUUCUCCCUCUUUCCUCUAGCACAACAAGCAAUUCAUACUGCUUCGAGUUGUCGGUGGCGUCGAGCGGUCGCGGCGCGCCCCGCAAGGUCCUGUUCAGCUGCGCCAGCGCACCCGAGCGGCGGAACUGGGCGCAGAAAUUCGCCGAGCAUCUCGCCUGCGGCUUCCCGACCAAAUACACUGCUGAGUUCACCAGAUGUGGCUGGUGCUAUCUCAAGGAGGGGGUGACGGGCCAGUGGGGCGGGGCGUGGGUGAUGCUCAUCAGAAGGGUGCUGGUGUACGGCGGCGGCGGCGCGGACGCAGCCCUCAGCGUCGUCGACCUCAGGAAGACCAGAUGCGUCGUGACGCAGGAGCCGGAUGAAGAAAACAAGCAGGCUUGCGGGGUGGAGGGCAACAACCUGCUGCUUGACUGCCCACGCGCCACCCUCUACCUCCGCUUCCCUCACGAGAGAGAGCUCAAGGGGUGGCGGUACAUGGUGAAGCUGGCGGCGCAGAACAACGGCGCUCACAUCCACCACCAGCAGCUGACCAAGGAGGACGUGCCCGCUAUCGUCGACAAGUGUCUCAGCUUCAUAUACGCACACGGCAGCCUGACGGAGGGCAUCUACCGGCGCGCGGGCAGUAGCUCGGUUCUAUCUGAGCUGCUCGGGCGGUUCCGGCGCGACGCGUGGUCGGUGCAGCUAGCGCCGGGGCAACACUCCGAGCACGAUGUCGCCGGCGUGCUCAAGCGCUUCUUCCGCGACCUGCCCGAGCCGCUGCUGCCGCAGCACGAGCACCACGCGCUCGUCAAUGCUCUCAUGAUCCAGGACGAGACGGCGCGCCACGCGGAGUUCCGGCGUAUAAUGACGUCACUGCCCCUGGUCGCGCGAAACACAUCGCGCAAGUUGUUCGCGCACCUGCACUUCAUUGCCAGCAUGGCGCACGCCAACAAGAUGGGCGCAGAGAACCUCGCCUCGGUGUGGGCUCCCACCAUCAUGCCCGCGGCCCUGGUAAGAACCACAGACGAAGAACAAACGAGCAACACUCUUCAGACGGCGUGGUCAUCGAAGGAGGUGUACGUGGUGCGCGAGCUGAUAGCCAGCUUCGAGUCGGUAUGGGAGCCGACCGAGGCGGAGCGCAGGCGCGAGGCAGCCGUCAGGAAGAUCCUUGUGAGGGUGCUCAGUAAUUCUGCGCCCACAGCGCCCAUGCCCGCCGGCGACCUGCGCGCCUGGGUCUACAUCCACGACCGGAACACCUGCCAUCAGAUCGCGUUAACACCAAGCAAGACAAGCGCGGACGUGUGCAUAGAACUGUGCGAGAAAGCCAGCAUGGAGUCGCACCAGCUGAUGCUGGAAGAGGUGGUGUGCGGGGGGGCGAUGCGGCGAGUGGUGCACCUGGAUGAGGUGGUGUUGGAUGUAGUGCUGCGGUGGGGAUACUGGGACGACGACGACCGCAAGGACAAUUACUUGCUUAUCCGGGAGAACAGAUUGCUGCACGAGAUGGAGGGCGUCCGCGGAGCGACGUCAAUGGUGUGCGGCGAGCUGAGGCUGGCCACCGAGGGGGCCCGGGCGUUCAAAUUGCAUAUGUUUGAGUUCCAGAACGCGAAGCUCUCCUGCUUCAAGGACAAACAGGGUUCCCAAAAGAUUGAGGAGUGGCACAUAAAGGACAUUCUCUGGUACGUGGGCCACGAGCCGCGACGGAACCCGCAGUCGCGGUGGGCGAUCACCUUUAUACCGCGAAACAAUAAGCCGAAGAGGAGCAAGGAUCGCCCGUGGUUCGGGGCCACGAUCGCGGGCGCGGUGACGGAGGACCAGCUCAAGUGGACCGCCGCCAUGACCUUCGCCGAGCACGCGACCAUCCUGCCCACGCCGCGGCUCGUCAUCACUUAGCUUUAAUACCUGGCACAUCUAAGGUACGGCGCGUAGUGUAUAGAAAACCGGGCUAUCUUCAUUCGAACACCUGUUAUUUGUUUCUAGUGUUAUAGAACAAAAUAGACCGCCAUUCUCCAAUGUGUCACCGCAAAAAUGUCCUGGAGUCUUUUGUUUUUUACCGACUUAAAAAAAGUAGGAGGUUCUCAAUUCGACCGUAUAUUCUUUUAGUAAAUAUCCGCUUGGUGCUUGUAAGUUUUGCAUAAUAGGCGAUGAAGCAGUUACCAAAUAUCUGAUCAAUAUGGAGGAACCAAGAGAAGUGUGUCAGGUUGGAAAUAAGUCACUUACCAUCAGGUGGGAUUUAGGUCAAAUGAUUGCCUAUCUCCCGUAAAAAAAGCAGAUUUUUCUCACAUACAUAACGGUACAGAACCCAUCGUGCGCGAGUCCAACUGGAAUUUAAACUAAAUCAUAGUAAACAUAUAAAAUAAUACUUAAAAUAUAAGUGCAAUAACAUUGUUAAAAUAUAGUAUGAUAAAUAUAAAUUGUAUCACUGACUAAUGAUUAAGUAUGUUGUCCUCUCUACCAGUUGCAGUGCCCUUACCGGGUCCAUGUUGAUACUAUAAUACUUACUUCUGUAUUUUCACAACACCACAAUUUGUACGAACACAUGGUCACAAUAAAACAUUUCUAUUCUAUUCUUGGUGUGGUUUUUUAAUUACGCGUCAAUAUGACGAUCAACUUUAGUCUAUGCUACUAAUGAAUAAGACACGUGUGUUAGCGAAACAAGCUGUAUAUAUGGAGAUAGCCCGAAUGUUUUCUUUUCACUAUGCUUGUAGAUGUACUGCUAUCGCAAUGUUUACACUGUAAGUGGUAGCAGUACUUGCUAUGCUGGCGACAAAUCAAGUAUGAAAUAAGUCACGCGAACUCCUCAAGACAUUGCUUAGUUUCAGAUCUUUUCUGCCAUUUGAACAUUUAUAUGACCAAAAGGAUUUUUAGUUUGACGGUUUUCUGUCGUUGUUUAUCAUUGAUUGCUGCUCGAGCAAUUAUGAACUGAACAAUUACCCUAUUUGGCGUUGAUUCCGACAAGCAUUCGUUUUCAUUUUAUCUACCACUACUACCCGUCAUUAUCUAAGCUGGAAUUAAUGAGAGACGUUCCCAGAAAAACUUUAGAUGGCGCUGUACAGUUUUGUCUUGGUUUAACCUUCUAAUUUCAUGGGUAACAGACAUAUUCAUCUUUUAUCUUUAUUUUUGAAUAUAAAUUGUAUUCUGAUCAUAAUAAAGAGAAGCUACAUAGGUAGCAACCUAAUUCUAUACAUAAUGUGAUCCAAAUAUCAAGCAACAAUUAUUUUUAUACAGGGUGUUAGUGACAUCGUAACGAAAACUUUGAGGGGUGAUUGAGGCCAUGAUUCUGAUAUGGUAUCAAGUGGGAUUUUCCGUCGCAAAAGUAUGGAACUGAAAAUAAUUAAAAAAAACACAAAAAAUUUCAUGAAUAUUCAGACUGAAAAUUCCACUUGAUAUCAACUCAGAAUCAUGGUCUGAACCAUCCCCCUUAGUAUUCGUUACGUUGUCACUAACACCCAUACCUACUUGUAUGGCUACUGUAUGUACUUGUGCGGGGUGUAAGUGACAUCGUAACGAAUACUGAGGGGGAUGAUUCAGCUUAUUAUUCUGAGUUAAUAUCAAGUGAAAUUUUCCAUCGCAAAAGUAUAGAAUUGAAAAUAAUUUAAAAAAACUAAAAAAACAACAUGAAUUUUGCGACGAAAAAUUCCACCUGAUAUUAACUCAGAAUCAUGGUCUGAAUUAUCCCCCUGAGUAUUCGUUACGAUGUCACUAACACCCUGUAUGUCUCUGCCAUUAGAUUAUAUUUUUGUAUAAUUAUGUACCUCGAGUAAUGAGAAAAUAGGUGGUUAUCACGUUAAAUCUGAACAACUCCAUCUAUAUUGUUUUUGGGGAACGUAACCUGGAAAGUCCUUCAUUAUCGUAGUCACAAAAUUGACAAUUGAUUGUUGCCAUUACAUUUUUUGUUUUUUUUUUCGGCCUUGUUUCGUUGCUUAGGCCUUUAGGCCAUUGCUAUAUUGCAACUAGGCCAAGCCAAAAGACAAAAAUCGAAUAGGACAACAAUGAUUGUCUAUUCGCGGGCUAUCAUCAUUCAAUUCAAUUUAAACCAGCCGGAAAGGAAAUAUGUAGAAAAUUGUCAACAGGAAAAUGUAUCAAAUUUUAAUUUCUUAAAUUCAAAGGCAACCACUUAAGUUUAUUUUAAGUUAUCCUUGUCAUAAUAUAUUUAUCUGCCCAAAAGGGGAGGGACGAAAAAUCGACAGGCAUACAAUUUAUGGAACACACGUCAAUUUAGACAAAAAUUUAAAAAACCCUUCCAAAAUUUUAUAUUGCCCAAUAACCCGACAGAAUUAAGUUUACAGCACACGUCAAACGGAUUGCAUAUGAUCGAGAUGCCUAUUUUAUUCGGCCGGGUUAUUUUUACAUUUUAAAAUGAACAGUUGUCAAUCAUCCGUCCCUUUCGUUUUCGGCGGAUAAUAAAAUUACGGGUAUAUCUUAAACUAAAAUUAGGAGGUGGCUGGAAUCGGGGCCUUGUUUGAAAAAAUAAGCAGACAUAUCUCAAUCAUUCGACCCUUUCCUUUUUGAUGGAUUCAAAAGUGACAGGUAGUGGUGAAAAUAAAAUUAAAAAUGUCAGAAUCGACAUCACUGUCCAUUACUUGAGUUCAAGUUGUCUUACUAUAUACAACAACAGCCAUGUAGAUAGUAUGCAUGCAUUUACAUAGCUCGAUCUUCCAUUGUUUCUUGUGCGUUUUGAAUGAAUUAAUAUAAAUCAAAUUGCAAAUAUAAACAAAAUACGUGAUUUGCGCUGUGCGAGCCUUCUACAAGAUACAAAAUUACAAAUAUUAUUUUUAAAAAUGUGUAAAUAUUAUCAUAUGACAGAGUAUAUUACAGUCGUCGUGUUAUAGUGCAAACUACCUGCAAGUGCCUUUCCGAAUGUGAUUUAAAUUAAAAAAGAUUUUAAUUUCAAUUAAAAAGAAAACAUUUUUGUCCAGAUAGAAAUUAAAUAAAAAAAUCGUGGUCUUGUUAAAUCAUCAGAAUGUGUUUUUUAAAAAGGCGCUUUCAUGGUUUACACAAUAAAGACGACGGAAUAUAAUGAAUUUACCAUUACCAACGGAGUACCAACAUACCAAAUAAGGUGUAAUUAUAAUUAUUAUAGUCACAAGUGUUUCGUCAGAUAGUGUUAAGGAUACGUUUACGUAGAUGUAAUUAUUUCUUUUUGUAUCCAGGUCAGGAUUGGAGAGAUAAAUUGAAUUAUUGCUUUUAACCAAUAGUAUACAACAACUAUAUGCUUUGAUAUAGUAUAAAUAGAGUUUUAUGUAAGUAUUUCUAAUGCGCAAAAGCAGACGCUCAUAUUUUAUGAUCUUUCAAGGUACAUUCAUCGACAAAAAUAUUUCUCAUGUGACAUAAUUCAUAAAUGGGACCUGAAAAUUUUUAUGGGUGACCUAUACCUGACCUUAAGAUUUUAUUACAUUUAGGAAAUGUUUGCUUUGUCCAUAAAAGUAAUUAAUUUUCGUCUAUAAAAUGACGCUCUCGUAUUUUAUCUAUUGAAAUUAUACUAUUGGAAUUCUUUUUGUAUCUUCGUUACGGAGGUGAGUUUUUGACGCUGACUGUAUAAUAUAGUGUAAAAAAAUAUUAAUUAAAAUGAGAUAAGUCUGAAUCGGUGCUAAUGUUUCAAUCACGCGAUUGGCACGUAAAUACGGUCACAUUUAAAAGGAUUUAUAUGUCAGCAAAGAUUUAUAAAUAUUUAUCCGGUUAUGAUUACAAAAAUCACAUCAACAUACAUGGGUGCAUUUUAAUGGAUAUUUGCUGACGUUUAUAUAUUUUUAGAAGAGACUGUACAAUGAGUUCCUUUGCACAAAAAUAGCACAACAUAGUAAACAAGAAGUUUAUGGUCGUGUAACACAGGGUGUAUCUCGCGACAUGGUCGUCGCGAAUUUACACAUAAUUUAGGAUAAUAAUUAAGCGUUUUUUGUCGCCAAAAGAAAAGGUGAAGUGAAAUAAUUUAUUGCGCGCAGAAAGUGAUGGAAAUAACGCUUGGUGCUCACAGACGGGAAAGCAGGGCAAGCUAUGAAAGUGCAAACAUAAAAUCCCGCGUACAGCGGGGCCUGUACUCCCCAGCUCUGUGUGUGUCUAGCUUAAAAGGGAGAACUUUCUAUGGACAAGGCGCCGUGGCUAGUACAUAUUGAAGUGUAUUGUACAAUUGGGUAGUUCUCUAGGUCAAAAACAAAUUAUGAAAUGCUAAUUUACUACAUUACUACAAGUCUAAAACUAAUAGAAAGCAUUUUCUUUUUUGUAUUCAAUUUAUUUACUAAUUUUAAAUAAGAAAAACGCAACAAUACGUACGGUAUUUUAUCACGUUUUGCUUUGACGUCACGGUGUAUACAAAUUCCAUAGCAAUUACUUGUUUUGACGUUUGGUAAAAAGUAACUGAUUUGACUAAAUGGAAACUGCUUAAUUGGGGAUGUAAGAAAGCGAAAUAUGUUCUAGAAAGUUCUCUUGUAUUCCUCACUGGGUAAGUCAAUGUAAAAAAAGAUUUUAUGUGGGAAUAAUAUGUUUGUGUAUAGUACCUAUAUUAAUAUAGUAAACAAAUAAUAUGAUUUCUAUAUCCGGGUGUCAUUAGCGGCAGCUUGGAAAGGAUGCAUGCCAAUGUAAUGAUAUGUAGUUUUAAGUGUACAAAGUGGUUCUAGUACGUACUGUAUAUAAAGGGUAUAGCGAGGUAAGGAAGACGAAAUGGCCCCCAUGGCCCAUGACGGAAUUAUCAUUUGUACUGGUAUUGGCACUCUAAAAGAAUACGAAAUGUAAGGUCGUUGACCCCUGACCUUGACCUGUCUUUGAGAUAUUCGAGAAAGUUCGUACGCGCGCCGAGUUUUUUCAAUUUUUUUUUUCCGAAAAACUAUAAAAGCUAGAAGGAUGGAACCAAUUGCGUAUAAUUAGGGAUACUUUGAAAAAUAUUCUGUAUUUUUUUCAGAGUUCUGGUGAAAUGACAACUGUGCAAAAUAAUUAAACAAAAUAUAGAUAUAUUUUUUUAGUACUGUUCUGUUAUGUUUACCGCGCCAAAAAAAAUAUAUAAUACUCUUUGAUUUAUAUACUUACACCACACAAAAACUGAUCAAAAUCAAAGAGGCGCUUCUUGAGUAAUUAUGAAUUUACUUAGUGUGCGUACGGCUGGUAGGAACUAAUUAAAGAGGUCGUUUUUAGAUUAAUUAUUAUAAUUACAUGUUAAACAUAAUUUCAAUCAUCAUCAUCACUAUUUUCAUUUAUUACAACAUUGAUUGCAUCAUUUGAAAAUAUUUUCGACAGAAUUUCAGCAGGACGUAAAAUGCGAGAUAGAUAUCUCUCAUGAGCUAAAUAAUAUAAUUAUUACACUUGCGACAUAUGAAAAUCGACUUUCGAAAAUCAUAUUCUGGGCAAAAGAAAACCCAUUUAUGCAAACCGUUUACAAUCUGUACUACGAACGGGUUUAUAGUUGAUUUUGGUGGGCCACGAUUUCGACGUAAUAGAGUUUUAAGUUUAGCAUCCUGUAACACUUUCUUCAUAAUAGUGGCAUCAUUUUCCGUACCAUAAAUUGGCCCCAUUUAGGCCAUCUUUUGCCCAGAAUACGAUUUUCGCAAGUCGAUUUUCACAUGUCGCAAGUGUAAUAAUUAUAUUAUUUAGCUCAUGAGAGAUAUCUAUCUCGCAUUUUACGUCCUGCUGAAAUUCUGUCGAAAAUAUUUUCAAAUGAUGCAAUCAAUGUUGUAAUAAAUGAAAAUAGUGAUGAUGAUGAUUGAAAUUAUGUUUAACAUGUAAUUAUAAUAAUUAAUCUAAAAACGACCUCUUUAAUUAGUUCCUACCAGCCGUACGCACACUAAGUAAAUUCAUAAUUACUCAAGAAGCGCCUCUUUGAUUUUGAUCAGUUUUUGUGUGGUGUAAGUAUAUAAAUCAAAGAGUAUUAUAUAUUUUUUUUGGCGCGGUAAACAUAACAGAACAGUACUAAAAAAAUAUAUCUAUAUUUUGUUUAAUUAUUUUGCACAGUUGUCAUUUCACCAGAACUCUGAAAAAAAUACAGAAUAUUUUUCAAAGUAUCCCUAAUUAUACGCAAUUGGUUCCAUCCUUCUAGCUUUUAUAGUUUUUCGGAAAAAAAAAAUUGAAAAAACUCGGCGCGCGUACGAACUUUCUCGAAUAUCUCAAAGACAGGUCAAGGUCAGGGGUCAACGACCUUACAUUUCGUAUUCUUUUAGAGUGCCAAUACCAGUACAAAUGAUAAUUCCGUCAUGGGCCGUGGGGGCCAUUUCGUCUUCCUUACCUCGCUAUACCCUUUACCCUGUCGGGAAAUUGGAAAAUGUAAUUUCCAUAAUUGAAUUAAAAGAUCUUUUCACCGGAGAAAUACGGAUAAUGAUUUUAACAUUAAAGAUUUUUACAAUUUAAUCUUUUAUAUUCAUAGUGAAAUUUUUUAUUCAUUUUAAUACAACAAAAUUAAAUGUAGAUCAACUCAAAUCAAUCAAAAAAGAUAUGUUUACUUUAUAAAUGUUUUGACUAAAUAAUAAAUAUAAUCAUGGAAAACAUAAAUAGGACAAUCAUAGUAAAUAGUCUCAGGAUAUGUAGUUAACCAGAUUUACGUACAUUUCAUGUAAUUUACAUUCCUAAUUAAUUAUGUACUGCUGUUAGCGUAUUUCGCAUAUAUUGACAUGUAAUAAACAAUUUUCUAUUUCGAAUAUACUCUGUAGCUGUAGUACCAUUCAAUAAAUACAUUUAUUUAAAAUUUG